UUAAUACGAACAUUUCGACAUAAUUUUUUUUAAUUUAGACAUAUUUUUUUCAUCACUAAUUAAGUAUGACAUCAUCAAUUAUAAAAUCACAAUAAUACGAGGAGACAAAAACACAGCUUUCCAAACAAGCAUUUGCUAAAAUCAGAAAAAAAGGUUGUCAUUUCCCAUCCGCCACUUCCCCCCACCAUUUGUCUCAUCUGGUGGGUUUUCCCACCCACUAUACCCACAAAACCCAUUUAAUCCCCUAUUCCCCCCACAUUGUGGUCACAUUUCCCCUUUUUCACACAAAAUCAACCCACACUGUGGGUGGUCUUACCGAAUAUUGAAUUUCAUGAUCGUAUGGAAUCCUCGGGCGUCGAAUCAUUCCACCUGCCCCAAUCCGCACCUUCCUUUCCGAGAAUCGCGAUGGAAAAUGUCAAAUGCCGGCAAACGGACCGACGGAGAGUUAGGGUGGGAUUUCGACGGUAUCCUUGAAUUUAGGACUCCAAUCGUAGGAUCCAUCGGACUCAAAGGGUUUCCGAAUCCAGGAAUCGCCGGCAAUCUCUAGAACGAAAGUGGAAGGACAGCCGAGUACAUCCAUGGCUACUGAGUUCGAUUACCGCCGCUGAACUCAUUGGACAGCCAAAGAAGGAGGAGCCGUUCUCAUCGAUCUCCGAGACUCCGACCAUGUUUUCUUUGGUACAUAUCAACAACCGAUGGGCCGGGCCUCGGACCAUACUCCUGAUCCAUAAAUCAAGCGAGCCAUGUUGGGCUGAAAUGAGGUAUCAAGCCCAAACAACUUAGUCACAAACUUAAAUGGUCAAUGUUAAGGUGCCGCUGUUAAAAUUGCGACACCGGUAACGCCACUUUUAAUUGGUCCACAUGGACUGUGACGUGGCAUGGGCUGGGUUCAUAAAAUCCCAACCCAACCCCAAUGACCUGUUAGAAGUGGCCCAAACCAUCACCAAGUAACAGAGAACUAUUCUCCGUCCAACGCUUUUUCUGUUUUUUUCCUUCACUUAAUUAAAUUACAAUUAAUUUUUUGCGGCAGAAAUAGGGAAAGAAAGAUGGGUCUCCAAAGUCCAAACGAAGGCCAUUUUCUUCCCCGACCUAGUUCCACCGGUCUUCGCUCUACUAUUGAAAAUGGAAAACUAAAAUUGAUUACUCUCAAUCCUUCCCUUCCUCGUUUCCCAUUUACUAAAACCUAAUUCAUUAUCCCCCGGAAACUAACAAUCAAGUCUCCGUCUUAUGGCUCAGAAUCUGUGGAGUUCUCCUGAUCGACCUCUGGUGGUGGGCGGCGAAUCAACGGUUGUUUAUAAUGGACAAAGAAGAAGCACACAACCUCAGGUCGUUGGCGACGGUGAUGAAUCAGUCGACUUUAGGCUUUGUCAAUGGUAUACAGUGCUUCAAUGCUGGAGUUUGGAUUGGCGACUGUGAAGUUCGCCGGAGUAGAAUCAGACGCGUGAGAGAAGAGAUGUAGAAGAGGAAUUUUAUGGUGUUUGGUUUUCGUUUUUUUUUUUCUUUUUCGGGAGACAAACUGCGCCGUUAGUUUGAAGUUGGGUAUUUCCACUUUUAAAUGGGCCAACAAGUUUGGACAGAUAUAAUCAUAUUAACCAGCGCCACAUCACCUUCACGUGGCCCAACUAUAAUUGGCGUCACCGAUGCCGCACAUUUUACAAUGGUACCGUAAUAUUAGCCAACUUAAAUAUAUAAUUAUUAAUUAUUAUAUGUAAUUAACCCCGCCAUUCACCCAAAUAUAGGGAUGCCAAUAGGGAUGACAAUGAGGCAACCCGACCCAUUGCCAUCCCUAUAAUUUUUUUUUUCAUCAUCAAAACACCCAAACGUCCACAUUUGAAGAGUCCCUCUUUCUUCUUCCGGGCUCACUCUCCAAACUGCAUCGUCCAUCUUCUUCCUCACCGCCGCCGUCGUAGUUCUCCGCCCUCAGCCAGUUCUGUAAGUUUUCAUAUUCCCAAAGAAUGCAACUGAUUUUGCCUGAAAUCCCUUUUGUGUAUUUAGUUCUUUUCCCCGGUGGAUAGUUGUAGUUAGAAGGGUAGUACAUCAUGAUUCUUGUUUCCGGUGGCAGAAAUCGGGACAAAACUUGGUUAGUCCAAUCAAUCCGUGGAACACCUCCUUCUUUGAUCCAUUGAAUCACCCGAUUCGAGCACUAAGAGUCAAUGGGGUUCUUGUAACCGAGAAAGCUGCAUUAGCCCGGGCUAUUGCAGAUUACUUCAAGCAGCUAUAUCAUGAACCGUGGAUCGAUCGAUCGGCCUUUUCCAGCAUCCAUUGUCCUUGGCCCUAAUGGAGUUUCCUGCGAAGUGGAUAUCGUGGAUUAGAACGUGCAUAUCGGUGUUCUUGUAAAUGUCAGAAGACUGUGAGAAACAGAAAUAGAGUUAGUUUGAAGGGUUAAUAUUUUCGUAUGGCCUGAACUUUUAUCAAAAUAACAUCCUGGCCAAUCU